UGGAGACCACCCAGGCCCGAAUGUCGAGCUCCAAUUUUGGGCCACUCAGAGAGAAAACCUUCUGGGCAUCCACUCACAAAUCCAGAGCCCCAAAGUGCAACAAAUCAUGGAGAUCCUGAGAAAAGUCAAGAGCAGUUAUUACUCCUCCUUUAAGGAUGUCUGUCUCCAAGUCAAUGAGGCUUUGCUGGAGGCCGAGGACAUAGAUCUGUAUCUGCGGCCUCUGAGGAGACUGAUCAGCAGCUUUGAAGAGAGGAGCUCCCCUCAAGUGGACGUUCUGCUGCCUCCUCUCUUCCACACGCUCUGUCUCAUCUGGAGCCAUUCCAAAUACUACUGCACUCCAAAACGCAUGGUGGUGCUCCUGCAGGAGUUCUGUAACCUGAUCAUUGAAAAGGUCAUUGCCUACCUUAUCCCCGAGGAACUGUUUAAGAUGGAGCUUGAGGAGGGGGUGCAGAGAGUCCAGAUAAGCAUCUCAGUUCUGCGCACCUUCAAGCAGUUGUUUCACACAUACCGCCAGCGGAUCCCUGAGUACUACAAACCUGGGCAGACCAUAAAGCUGUGGGACUUUCCAGCUACACUUGUGUUCCAGCAUUCUGACCACAUCAUGAAAAGGCUGCUCAUGAUUGAGGAACUUUUUGCAACAGCGCUGGACUUUCUGAAGCUGGAGAAGAUUGAACUCGGGGGAUCCAGGGGGAAAAUUCUCAGCGAAAUGAUCUUAAGCAUGAGCGAGGAGUUUCAUGACCGCUGGCGUGGCCUCAGAGAGAGCAAAUAUGACCCUUUGGACUACAAUAACGAUGAUUUUGUUCGACACUACACUCGCUUCAUGGAGCAGAACAGAGAUUUUGACCAAAGGCUUGGGACUGUCCUUAAUCUGGCUUUCCAGCACUCCAAAAAUCUGAAGUCGACUUUUAAGUUGUUAAAGAUUUUCGGCACCCUUCUCGAGAGACCAAGAAUCCACCAGCUGUUUUCUCCCAACUACAAUGUGCUGUUGACCAUGUUCAACCAAGAAAUAGACCAUUGUCAGUUUAUACUCACUCAGCACAAAGAUGCGCUGCAGCCAGACUGUGAAGUCCUGGGGAAGAACAUGCCACCAGUGGCUGGAAACCUCAAGUGGUCACAGGAGCUUCGGAAUCGCAUCCUCACCAGCAGGAGUAACCUCUGCCAGUUGCCCCACAUGCCUCUGGGGUGUGCUGAGGCAGAUGAUGUCUUCCAGAAGUGUGAGCGUGUUCUGGAGGUUCUGGACCAGCACGACGAGGACAUGUUCUCCAAGUGGACAGAGGGCUUGGAGGAAAUCUGUCAAACCCACCUACAUGAGCCCCUGCUGUCACUUGACACUGACACAGGCCUGUAUCAAAUCAACUUUAGUCCAGCUUUGACAUCCGUGCUGAGAGAGGUCAAGUAUCUGGGUAUGUUGAAGAACCAAAACAUUCCCAAGGCAGCGCUACAUCUCUACUCCAAACGAGAAAGACUCUACAUGUUCACACAGACAUUAAUGUUGGUGACCCAAUGGUACAACCAUCUCCAAAAUACAAUCCUAGCCGUAGAGGUGGGCCUGGUGAGAACAGAGAUGGAUGAGACCAAACGACAGCUGGAGCCUGCUCUCAGGGAGCUCACCUGGACUCAGGAUGACCUUUGGGACUACAUUCAGACCACAAGAGACAUGGUCAAGAGCAUCUCCAGUUGUGUUCAGAACAGCAAGGCUAAUGUGGAGGCCAUCCAGGCUCUGAUGGGUAAAUUCAUGCACCAGGCUCUCAUCACCAGAAAAACUCCCGGUCCCGCUCUCCUCAUUUUCUCUGAAAUUGAAGAGAGUGUUUCGAAACAGCAUGCACUUAUCACCAGCGCGGGUGAACAGAUACAAGAACUUUUGCAGGAGAACCAAUCUCUUCUCGGGGUGACAGACCUGAGCAGUGUUGAGUGGCAGGCCUACACAGACUACGUGGAUCAGAUUAUCCUGACAGGGUUCUCCUCUGCAGUACGCUGCUCCCUGCAGUAUCUCAUGGACAACACGGACGCGACCCAGCACAUCACACCGCUGUUUGAAGUCCAGCUGGUACUCAGCAACAACGCGAUGACCUUUGAGCCCUCACUGGACUUCAACCACAGGGGGAACUUCUAUGAUAUUGUGGAUAAAAUGGUGAUGAACAUCACAAACGUGGCAUCCUUAAUUCCCAGAGUGGCAAACCACAAACAGCUGGAUAAUUACCAGUGUGACAUAAACCAAAUGGAGGAUUUGUCAGAAAUGUGCCAUGCAGUCCGCUCUCGGGCACGUGCGGCCAUUGCGAAGGUCAGAGAAUAUCAGGGAUCAUUUGCCAGCUAUCGCUACCUUUGGACUGAUGACAGGUCUGAAUUCAUGAGGCAGUUUCUGCUUUAUGGCCAUGUGUUAAGUACAGAAGAAGCUGAGUUGUAUGCUGACUAUGAACUUAAAAAGAACCCACCCACACUGGAUAAGUUUAAAGAGCAGAUCAACCUCUUUGAGUCUCUCUAUGUACGAGUGAGCAAGAUGGAGGACAAGCGGGUGUUUUGUGGCUGGCUGCAGCUCGACAUCAGACCCUUCAAACACACACUCAUGAACGUCAUCAAGAGGUGGAGCUGGAUGUUUAAGGAGCACCUGCUCAACCAUGUGAACCAGAGCGUGAGGGAAUUGUCCUCUUUUGUCCAAAACACAACCCUUGGUCUGUCUAAUAAGGUGUCAGAUUGCAACUAUGCAGGUCUCGUGGACGUCAUGGGACAUCUCAUGGCCAUGCGAGACAGACAGAUCAGCAACGAGCAGCACUUCAAACCUCUCAAGUCCACAGCCGAACUCCUCAAGACCUACGGACAGCAGCUACCUGAGAGCGUCUACACACAGCUGGAAGAGCUGCCGGAGAAGUGGAAGAGUCUAAAGAAAAUUGCGUUUACAGUCAAACAUGAAGUGGCACCUCUGCAGGCCAAUGAAGUCUCAGUUAUACGCAGGAAAUGUGUCCGGUUUGAGGUGAAACAGCACGAGUUCAGGGAACAGUUUCGUAGUGAACAUAUCUUUAGGAUCACUGUGGAGGAGCCAUAUAAACAAAUCGAUAAGUCCAAUCGAGCAGUAGCAUUGAUGGAGAUGGAAAUGAAGAAGCUGCAAGACACGGCUGAUCUGUUUGAGGUCAGCUUCCCAGACUACAGGCAGCUACGCCAGUGUCGCUCUGACAUCAUACUGGUCAAAGCAGUGUGGGACAUGGUCGUCUUUGUCAAGACCAGUAUAGAGGAUUGGACUAAGACUCCAUGGAAGGAGAUCAAUGUCGAGCAGAUGGACAUGGAAUUGAGGCGAUUUGCAAAAGAGAUGAAGAUGCUGGAUAAGGAGGUGCGGAUGUGGAACGUCUACGUGGGUCUGGAGUCGACUGUGAAGAACCUGUUGACUUCUCUGAGAGCUGUCAACGAGCUGCAAAACUCCGCUGUCAGAAAACGACACUGGCAACAGCUCAUGAACACCACUGGGGUCAGGUUUGUAAUGGGGGAGAGCACCACCCUGGGGGACCUUUUGGAAUUACAGCUUCACCGCGUGGAGGACGAGGUCAAAAACAUAGUGGACAAGGCUGUGAAGGAAAUGGCCAUAGAGAAGGUUCUGGCAGAGAUAACCAAGACAUGGAGUGUUAUGUCACUGUCGUAUGAGACUCACUCCAGCACAGGGAUGCCUCUGCUGAAAGCAGAUGAGAAUCUGAUCGAGACACUGGAAGACAACCAAGUGCAGCUUCAAAAUAUCCUGAUGAGUAAGUACGUGGAGUAUUUCCAGGCUGAGGUGAGUGGGUGGCAAAGGAAGCUGAUGGUGGCUGACCUGGUCAUCUCCUCCUGGAUGUCUGUCCAGAGGACCUGGGCCCACCUCAACGCAAUCUUUACCAACAGCCAUGACAUCCGCUGCCAGCUAGCCAGUGACGCGGAGCGCUUCCAGGGAAUACACGCUGACUUACAGAGCUCCAUGACUGAGGUGGUGCAGAAUAGUAACGUGGUUGAGGUGACCAACAAGUCUGGCUUCCUGGAGAACCUGGAGACUUUGCAGCAAAGGUUGUCUGUGUGUGAGAAGGCCUUGGCCGAGUACCUGGAGACCAAAAGGCUCACCUUCCCCAGAUUUUACUUUGUCUCUGCCUCAGACCUCCUGGAGAUAGUUUCCAGAGGAACACAGCCCCAACAGGUGACCAGACAUUUGCUGAAGCUCUUUGACAACAUAGCAGACCUUCGCUUCAAGGACUCAGGCAGAGAUGGCGGGCAUGAGGACGAGGAGGCAGUUGCUAUAGGGAUGUACAGCCGAGAGGGAGAAUAUGUGCCGUUCUCUGAGCCAUGUGUCUGUGAAGGACAGGCAGAGUGUUGGCUAAGUGCCUUAGAAAACACCAUGCGCUGCACGGUUCGGAAAGAGAUCCAGGAAGCCGUAGCCGCCUAUGAAGACAAAGCACGAGAGCAGUGGCUCUUUGACUUCCCUGCCCAGGUAGGUUUGACUGGUAGUCAGGUGUGGUGGGCCACAGAUGUGGGCAUCGCCUUCAAGAGGGUGGAGGAGGGUUUUGAGACUGCACUCAAAGACUACAACAGAAAACAGAUCACUCAGCUGAACUCACUAAUCCACAUGCUGCUCGGAGAUUUAACUCCUGGAGACAGACAGAAAAUCAUGACUGUCUGCACCAUAGAUGUCCAUGCUCGCGAUGUUGUCGCCAGCCUCAUUGCUCAGAAGGUGACAACGGGACAGUCAUUUGCAUGGCUGUCCCAGCUGCGCCAUCACUGGGAUGACGAAACCAGACACUGUUACGUCAACAUCUGUGACGCUCAGUUCCAGUUCAGCUACGAAUACCUGGGAAACACCAACAGACUGGUCAUCACUCCACUCACUGACAGGUGUUACAUAACCCUGACCCAGUCUCUCCAUCUAACGAUGAGUGGCGCCCCCUCAGGCCCAGCUGGCACAGGUAAGACAGAGACCACCAAGGACCUUGGACGCUCUCUGGGCAUCAUGGUAUAUGUUUUCAACUGCUCAGAACAGAUGGACUACAAGUCCAUUGGGAACAUUUAUAAGGGUCUGGCUCAGACGGGAGUCUGGGGAUGCUUUGAUGAGUUUAACAGGAUCUCAGUGGAGGUUCUGUCUGUAGUCGCCGUACAGGUCAAAACCAUACAGGAUGCUGUACGUAACAAGAAGCACAGGUUCCACUUCCUGGGAGAGGAGAUUGAGCUUAAGCCCACCGUGGGAAUCUUCAUCACUCUGAACCCUGGUUAUGCUGGCAGGGCUGAGCUUCCUGAGAACCUCAAGGCUUUAUUCAGGCCCUGUGCCAUGGUGAUCCCAGACUUUGAGCUGAUCUGUGAGAUCAUGCUGGUAGCCGAAGGAUUCAUAGAUGCUCGCGUGCUGGCACGUAAAUUCAUCAGCCUCUACACGCUCUGUAAAGAGCUGCUGUCCAAACAGGAUCAUUAUGACUGGGGUUUAAGGGCCAUCAAAUCAGUCCUGGUUGUGGCAGGGUCUCUAAAACGAGAGGAGCGAAACAGGCCUGAAGAGCAGGUGCUGUUGCGGGCACUGAGGGACUUUAACCUGCCUAAGAUCGUGACCAGUGAUGUUCCCAUAUUCCUUGGGCUGAUCAGUGACCUGUUUCCUCAGCUGGACGUGCCCAGGAAGAAAGAUCCUGAACUGGAAAAUGCAGUUCGCCAGUCAGUCAGUGAACUGCGUCUGCAGCCCGAGGAGAACUUCAUUCUAAAAGUCACUCAGCUGGAGGAGCUGCUGGCUGUCAGGCAUUCUGUGUUUGUCGUGGGUGGACCAGGGACUGGAAAGAGCCAGAUCUUGAAGACUCUCCACAGAACCUAUGCAAACAUGAGGAUGAAGCCCGUAUGGCACGAUAUCAACCCUAAAGCAGUGACCACAGAUGAGUUGUUUGGAUACCUGCACCCUGCCACCAGAGAGUGGAAAGAUGGUCUGUUCUCCUCUACCAUGCGAGAGCUGACCUCACUGACCCACAACGGGCCCAAGUGGAUCGUUUUGGAUGGAGACAUUGACCCGAUGUGGAUCGAGUCACUCAAUACAGUUAUGGACGACAACAAGGUUCUGACUCUUGCUAGUAACGAGAGGAUCAGUUUGUCUUCCUCCAUGCGUCUGCUGUUUGAGAUCUCUCAUCUUAAAGCCGCAACGCCAGCUACUGUUUCCAGAGCGGGAAUUCUCUACGUCAACCCACAGGACCUCGGCUGGAGCUCUUAUGUGACCUCCUGGAUAGACACCCGACAGGCCCUGUCAGAGCGAGCCAACCUCACAAUUCUCUUUGAUAAAUAUGUACCAUACUGCCUGGAACAAGUGCGCUGCAACCUGAGAACUAUCACUCGCAUACCAGAGAACAGCAUGGUCCAGACACUGUGUUCCUUGCUGGAUUGUCUGCUGACUGAGGACAACACUCCGGCCGACUCGCCCCGCGAACUCUACGAAAUCUACUUUGUCUUUGCCUGUGUCUGGGCUUUCGGUGGCGCUCUCUUCCAGGAUCAUCUGAAUGACUACCGUGCUGAAUUCAGUCGCUGGUGGUCUAAAGAGAUGCGGGCAGUGAAGUUUCCGUCGCAGGGAACCGUCUUUGACUAUUUCAUUGACCCUGAGACUAAAAAGUUCACGCCCUGGAGCGAGAAGACGGUGCCAUUUGAGCUGGAGCCUGAAGUACCUUUACAGACUGUUCUGGUCCACACCCCAGAGACGAUUUGUUUGACCUAUUUUAUGGACCUGCUCAUCCAGAAAGGAAAACCUAUCAUGUUAGUGGGCAACGCAGGGGUGGGCAAGACCAUCCUGGUGUCUGAUGAAGUUGCCAAGCUGAAGGAGGACUACAUGGUGGCCAAAGUGCCCUUCAACUACUACACCACGUCCGCCAUGCUGCAGCGUGUCCUAGAAAAGCCCCUAGAGAAGAAAGCUGGUCGUAAAUUUGCUCCUCCCACCGCAAAGAGACUCAUCUACUUCAUCGAUGACCUCAACAUGCCUGAGGUGGACGUUUAUGGGACCGUUCAGCCGCACACACUGAUUCGCCAGCACCUUGACUACAACCACUGGUACGACAGACAGCGACUGGUUCUGAAGGAAAUCCAUAACUGCCAGUAUAUUACCUGCAUGAACCCGACAGCUGGAAGCUUCUCAAUCAACCCCAGACUACAGAGACAUUUCUCAGUGUUUGCUGUGCAUUUCCCUGGUGCUGAGGCAUUAGCCACCAUCUUCUCCAGUAUCCUGUCAGCUCACUUUCUUCAGGGAGGCUUCAGCUACGGCGUCUCCCGCUCAGUCGGAACUCUCAUACAGGCAGCGAUUUGUCUGCACCAGAAAAUCAGUCAGAAUUUUCUACCGACAGCCAUACGCUUCCACUACAUCUUCAACCUGCGAGACCUUUCCAACAUCUUCCAGGGCAUCAUGUUUGCCUUGCCAGAGUGUAUCCGUUACCCCAUGGACCUGGUUCACCUGUGGCUCCACGAGAGCUCCAGGGUUUACUCGGACAAGCUGAUGGAUGAAAAAGAUGUGGAACUCUUCAAUAAAAUCUUGCUGGACACUGGCAAGAGGUUUUUUGAGGGAAUAGAUGAGUCCAUCUUUAUCCACCAGCCGUUGGUGUAUUGUCACUUUGCCCAGGGAGUGGGGGAGCCUCGCUAUCACCAGGCUGCAGACUGGGAGAAACUCCAGAAGACACUGGCUGACGCUCUGGAGCAUUAUAAUGAGGUGCACGCUGUCAUGGACCUGGUACUGUUUGAAGAAGCUAUCCAGCAUGUGUGUCGUAUCAGUCGUAUCCUGGAGGCUCCCUAUGGUAACGCCUUGCUGGUGGGAGUUGGAGGCAGCGGGAAGCAGAGUUUAUGUCGGCUGGCUGCUUUCCUCAGCAUGUUGGAAGUUUUCCAGAUCACUCUGCGUAAAGGCUAUGGCAUCAAUGACCUGAAAAGUGAUAUCGCAGCGUUGUACAUGAAGGUGGGGGUGAAGAACAUCGGCACCGUGUUCCUUCACACAGAUGCUCAGAUUCCAGACGAACGCUUCCUGGUGCUCAUCAAUGACAUGCUGGCCUCAGGAGAUAUUCCAGAUCUGUUUGGUGACGAGGAAGUGGACACUAUUGUCACGUCCAUCCGCAUGGAGCUCAGAGGACUGGGACUUGUAGACUCAAGAGACAACUGCUGGAGUUUCUUUAUUGAGAGGAUCCGACGACAACUCAAAGUGGUCUUGUGUUUCUCUCCAGUCGGGUUCACGUUGCGGACACGUGCGCGGAAGUUUCCGGCGCUGGUGAAUUGUACGGCGAUAAACUGGUUCCACCCGUGGCCUCAGCUUGCCCUGCAGUCAGUUUGCUCCACGUUUAUAGAGAAGAUACCUGGACUCGAGCCAAAUGUGAGGGCCUCCAUCAGUGAGUUCAUCUCGUUUGCCCACACUAGUGUCAAUGACGUGAGUGUCAAGUACCAGCAGAACGAGAAGCACUUCAACUACACCACCCCAAAGAGCUUCCUGGAGUUUAUGAAGCUGUACGGCAACCUGCUGGGGCAGAAGCGCACCGAGCUGACCCAGAAGAUGGAGCGAUUGGAGAAUGGCCUGCAGAAACUACAGUCUACUGCAUCGCAGGUGGAGGAUUUGAAAGCCAAGUUAGCCGUGCAGGAGGUGGAGCUGUGGCAGAGGAACACGGAUAUCGAAGCUCUCAUUGCCAAGAUCGGACAGCAGACAGAGAAACUGAACCAGGAGAGAGCCGUGGCUGAUGCCGAGGAGCAAAAGGUGGCUGCAAUUCAAGCCAAAGUGACCAAACAGCAGCAGGAGACUGAGGGAGACCUGGCCAAGGCUGAACCUGCCCUCCAGGCAGCUAAUGCAGCCCUCAAUACACUUAACAGGUUAAACCUGACAGAGCUGAGGACAUUUCCCAACCCUCCAGCUAUUGUCACCAACGUCUCGGCAGCUGUUCUGGUCCUUCUGGCUCCCCAAGGCAGAAUACCCAAAGAUCGCAGCUGGAAAGCUUCCAAGAUGGUUAUGAGCAAGGUGGACGACUUCCUGCAGGCUCUGGUGAACUUUGACAAAGAGCACAUCCCGGAGGCAACAGUGAGGUGCGUUCGAGACGAUUACCUCAGUGACCCCGAGUUCAACCCGGAGUUUGUGCGACAGAAAUCCUCAGCUGCUGCGGGGCUUUGUGCCUGGGUGAUCAACAUCAUGCGCUUCCACGAGAUAUUUGUGUCCUGUGAGGUAGAGAUGAAGAGGAUGUGCUUGUCUCAGGCCAACGCUGAUCUGGCCGAGGCUGCUGAGAAGUUACAGACCAUCAGAAAGAAACUUGCAGAGCUGGACAACAGCCUGGAAACUCUGACAACAGCAUUUGAGACGGCCACGUCAGAGAAACUGCGUUUUCAGGAAGAGGUCAACAACACCAACAAGACGAUAGAACUAGCCAAUCGUCUCGUCAAGGGACUUGAGAGUGAGAAGGUGCGUUGGACCCACACAGUUACCCAGUACCAUGAACAGGAGGAAACACUGUGUGGGGACAUCCUCCUAACGGCAGCUUUUAUCUCGUACGCUGGGUCUUUCUCCAAGAAGUACAGAAAAGAGCUGCUGGACAUCCUCUGGAUGCCGUUUCUGCGCAGUCAGAAGAUGCUCAUCCCUAUGACAGAGGACUUAGAUCCAGUGUCACUGCUGACUGACGAUGCAAUGGUGGCCCAGUGGAACAAUGAAGGAUUACCAGGAGACAAAAUGUCCACUCAGAAUGCAACCAUCCUCACUAACUGCGAGCGCUGGCCUCUCCUCAUUGACCCUCAGCUGCAGGGCAUCAAGUGGAUCAAGAGUCACUAUGGCAACAGCCUCAAAGUCAUCAGUUUAGGGCAAAGAGGAUAUGUAGAUGUGAUAGAACAGGCUGUGGUGGCAGGCGACGCUGUCCUCAUCGAAAACCUUGAGGAGACUAUUGACCCGGUUAUUGAUCCUCUGCUGGGGCGACACACGAUCAAGAAGGGCAGUUGCAUAAAGGUUGGGGACAAGGAGUGUUUCUUCCACCCAGGCUUCAGACUGAUCCUUCACACUAAACUGGCCAAUCCUCACUACAAGCCAGAGAUCCAGGCCCAAACCACCCUUAUUAAUUUUACCGUGACCAGGGAUGGACUGGAGGACCAGCUCCUGGCCCAGGUUGUGAAUCAGGAGAGACCUGAUCUGGAGCACCUGAAGAGUGAACUGACCAAACAGCAGAACAUGUUUAAGAUCGAGCUGAAGCUUCUGGAGGACGAGUUACUGGGCAGGUUGUCUGCUGCAGAGAGUAACUUCCUGGGUGACAACGUGCUGGUGGAGAAGCUGGAGACCACCAAACAUACUGCUGCUGAGAUUGAGAUGAAGGUCCUGGAAGCUAAAGUGAACGAGGUGAAGAUAAAUGAGGCGAGAGAACAUUACCGUCCCGUCGCCGUCAGAGCGUCUCUGCUGUACUUUACCAUGAAUGACCUCAACAAGAUAAACCCAAUGUACCAAUUCAGCCUGAAGGCCUUCAACGUGGUUUUCCACAAAGCGGUGGCGAUGGCCGAGCCCUGUGAGGACGUGAAGAGCAGAGUGCACACCCUCAUAGACUGUGUUACCUACUCCACCUUCAACUACAUCAGCAGGGGCCUGUUUGAGAGAGACAAACUGACCUUUACUGCACAGCUUGCCUUCCAGUUGCUCCUGAUGAGUAAAGAGAUAGACGUGCGAGAACUGGACUUCCUGCUCCGGUUUAACAUUGACCACAGUUAUGUCAGCCCCCUUGAUUUCCUGUCAAACACGGCGUGGAGUGCCAUCAAGGUCAUGAGUUUCACAGAUGAAUUCCGUGGUCUGGACCGGGACAUUGAAGGCUCUCCUAAGCGCUGGAAGAAGCUGGUGGAGUCCGAGUGUCCAGAGAAGGAGAAGUUUCCUCAGGAGUGGAAGGGGAAAAGCUCCUUACAGAAGCUCAUCAUGAUGAGAGCACUGAGACCUGACCGCAUGACCUAUGCUCUCAGGAACUUUGUGGAGGAGAAGCUCGGUGUUAAGUACACAGAAGGCAGGAAGACUGAGUUUGCAAAGUCCUUCAAAGAAAGCGGUCCGGCCUCACCUGUGUUCUUCAUCCUCUCUCCUGGAGUCGACCCACUUAAAGAUAUGGAAUCACUCGGAAGGAAGCUGGGUUUCACUAUCGACCUUGGGAAGCUUCAUAACGUGUCCUUGGGUCAGGGCCAAGAGGCUGUGGCUGAGGUUGCCAUGGAGAAGGCUGCCAAGGAGGGCCACUGGGUUAUUUUACAGAACAUCCACCUGGUUGGUCGCUGGCUGGGUUCACUGGAGAAGCUCCUGGUGCGCUGCUGUGCCGACAGUCAUCCUGACUACAGAGUGUUCAUGAGCGCCGAGCCUGCAACGACACCUCAGGAACACAUGAUACCACAGGGCAUUCUGGAAAAUGCUAUCAAAAUCACCAAUGAACCUCCUACAGGCAUGCAUGCUAAUUUGCAUUCUGCUCUGGAUAACUUUGACCAGGACAUCCUGGACCAGUGCAGCCGUGAACAGGAGUUUAAGACUAUCCUCUUCUCUCUGUGUUACUUCCACGCCUGUGUGGCAGAGAGAAGGAAGUUUGGCCCUCAGGGAUGGAACAGAAAAUAUCCCUUUAACACUGGAGACCUGACAAUAUCGGUGAAUGUCCUCUACAACUACCUGGAGGCUAAUGCACAGGUGCCAUGGGAGGACCUGCGGUAUCUGUUUGGGGAGAUCAUGUAUGGAGGACACAUCACUGAUGACUGGGACAGACGUCUCUGCAGAACAUACCUGGAGGAAUACAUGCAGCCCAACCAGUUUGACCGGAAACAUGCUUUGGCUCCUGGGUUCAUCAUUCCCUCCAACCUGGACUAUCAGGGCUACCAUGAUUUCGUAGAUGAGAUGCUGCCCCACGAGAGCCCAGUGCAUUAUGGGUUGCAUCCCAACGCAGAAAUUGAGUUCCUGACAGUGACGUCCGAUAACCUUUUUCACACUCUGUUGGAGCUGCAGUCUCCUGAUGCUGUGAUGGGAGAGGGAGCCUCGCAGACACUGGAGGAGAAGGUGAAAACUAUCUUAGAUGAGAUUCUGGAAAAGUUACCAGAAGAGUACAACAUGUCAGACAUCACCUCUAAGACAGCUGAGCGCUCGCCGUACAUCCUGGUCUGCUUCCAGGAGUGCGAGCGCAUGAACACACUCGUCUCUGAGAUGCGGCGCUCGCUCAAGGAGCUUGACCUAGGACUCAAGGGUGAACUGGCCAUUUCCUCUGAGAUGGAGAGGCUGCAGACGGCCUUGUUCUUUGACAACGUCCCCGACACCUGGACCAAGCUAGCUUACCCCUCCACCUACAGCCUGGCUAUAUGGUACAAUGAUGUGCUGCAGCGCUGUAAAGAGCUGGACAGCUGGACUCAGGACCUGACGCUGCCGAGUGUCGUGUGGCUGUCUGGACUCUUUAACCCUCAGUCCUUCCUCACUGCGGUGAUGCAAUCUCUGGCGCGGAAGAACGAGUGGCCGCUGGAUAAAGUGAAACUGACGGUGGACGUGACCAAGAAAUUCAAGGAAGAGUUCAACCAGCCUGCCAGGGAGGGGGCGUAUGUGUAUGGACUUUACAUGGAGGGGGCAAGAUGGGACACUCAGGCCGGGGUGAUCACCGAGGCCCGUCUAAAGGAACUGACCCCCCACAUGCCCGUCAUCUCAGUCCGAGCUGUGCCCAAUGACCGCCACGAGACCAGGAAUAUCUACGAAUGUCCUCUCUACAAGACCAAGAUCAGAGGACCCACAUAUGUGUGGACGUUUAGCCUGAAGACCCGGGAGCGGCCCGCAAAGUGGGUUCUGGCUGGAGUGGCUUUGCUACUCAGCGUGUGAGACCGAGUUAAGAGGAUUGUAUCUACUGUACAGGGACAGGUGGGUUAAAAAUGCUCAACGCAGA